GUGUGGGGAAAUGCAAUAAAUUAUUUCUUCCGGAAAGGUAAAAGAAUCAAUCACUUUCCGGAAUUUGGAGUGCACGAUCUUCUUACGUGCGCUGAUUGCCCGCAAGUCAAGUAGAUAUUCUCCCGCCAAGCCAUUUUCAUCAGUAACGCUCCAAAUUCCCCCAAAUCCCUUCUCCGCUACCGAACUGACAGCAAUCGGCUAUUUUCCGGCAGCAAAAUGGAGCUUCCGGUGAUCGAUUUGAGCUCGUACUUAGAAUUCUCGAACCAACUCGGCUCCUGUCCGGAGACACAGCUGGAUCCCCAACUUUUGACGCUUUGCUCCGAAGUGAGCCGAACCCUAGCAGACACCGGAGCUCUGCUGGUGAAAGAUCCACGCUGCUCCGCCGAAGACAACGAUCGGUUCAUCGACAUGAUGGAGAAGUACUUCGAGCAGCCGGAAGAAUUCAAGCGCCUCCAGGAACGUCCUCACCUCCAUUAUCAGGUUGGAGUGACACCUGAAGGAGUUGAAGUACCUCGUAGUCUGGUUGAUCAAGAAAUCCAAGAGAAGCUAAAUGCUUUGCCCAAAGAGUGUCGACCAUUUCCUCUCUCUGGGCCAGACCCUAAGUGGCGGUACAUGUGGAGAGUUGGUCCACGACCAGCAGUCACCCGCUUUAAGGAACUGAAUUCAGAGCCAGUCAUACCUGAAGGAUUUACUGAAUGGAAAGACACCAUGGAUUCAUGGGGCCAUAAAAUGAUAUCUGCCAUAGAGACUGUUGCUGAAAUGGCAGGUGUUGGGUUUGGCUUGCCUAAGGAUGCAUUCACUUCUCUAAUGAAGCAGGGACCUCAUCUCCUUGCUCCAACUGGAAGUGACCUGAAACGUUAUGGCCAGGAGGGUACUGUCUUUGCAGGAUACCAUUAUGACCUUAACUUUCUUACAAUUCAUGGGAGAAGUCGAUUUCCUGGUUUAAAUAUUUGGCUAAGAAAUGGACGAAAAAUGGAAGUGAAGGUUCCUGUUGGAUGUCUCCUCAUCCAAGCAGGAAAGCAGAUAGAAUGGUUGACUGCAGGGGAGUGCAUGGCUGGCAUGCAUGAGGUUGUUGUAACUAAUAGAACAACUGAUGCAAUUAAACAAGCCUUGGAGCAAAAACACAGCCUAUGGAGAGUAUCUUCAACUCUAUUUUCACACAUAGCAUCAGAUGCUGUGUUAAAACCUCUUGGGAACUUUGCUGACAGUCCUCUUGCUGGAAAGUAUCCGCCGAUUUGUGCUGGAGAAUUUGUAGAACAAGAGCUUUCUGUUAUUAAUCUUAAAGGUAAAAAAGAACCUUUAUAACCUCACUAUAGCUCUUGGAGUCAAAUAACAUUUCAAGAAAGCAAUCCGGAAUGGAAUCUUCUCUUCUAUGAAAUAUAUUUGGCAUAAAAGAGGCAGGUUUCAACUUCACCCAUUCAGCCAUGAAACGAUACAAUAAUUAUAUUAUGUCCUGUGUACAUGAAAUGUAAUGGUAUUUGAUUCGUUUUGCCACUCACUAUUUGAAUUGGGAAUUGCUCUGGGCAAUUAUUGUUUUAGCUGCCGAUGAUGUAUUAAGUUAAUUAACUAUACCUUUUGUGUUUGAGCAGUGGUUAGUGAGUAAUUACUCACUUAUUGAAAUGACUAUCUUGCUC